AUGUUUAGAAAGGUGCCUGGAUAUUGUUUUGGAAAGUACAAAUUUAAUGCCAACAUCAUAAAUAAAGUUUCUACCUUACUUAAGAUUAAACCUAGUUUAGCAAAUGAAGACAUCAAUUUCUUUGGUGAUGUUAGAUUGUUGGACUCGUAAAAUAAAUUGAUUGGUGUUUUUGCAUGUGAAGAGGCUAGGAAGAAGGCAGAUAAAUUGGGAUAAGACUUAAUCAUGAUCAAUCAAGAAAUUAAGCCUGCUUUAUGCAAAGUUUGUGAUUACUCUGAUGAACUUGCAUCUAAAUUCAUGAACGACAUUGUAAAGAUUAAGGAAUAAUAAAAAUUGAAUGAUCAACAUUUUAAAUUAAGUCAUAGCAUAACAAUGUAAGAUUUGAAAUUGAAGGUUAAUUAAGCUAAAGAUUUGAUGAAAAAAUAAAAUACUCUUAGAGUCACAAUUAUAUGUCCAAUUGAAACAGCUAUCCAGGCUAAGAGCAUUUUAUAUACUGUAAAAUUGAUGACUAUUUGUAUAGUUAAAAGAUCUGUCCUAAUCUUUUAUGAUUCCAAUAGGAGACAUAAAAACCAAGGAUUAUAAAGAAAAGGAAUAAUUUGAUAAAAAGAAAGAGCAAGUAGAAUAAGUCUAAUUGGACAUCGAAUUUGAAGCUAUUGAAAAGUCAGAAUAGCACCUAGAUUUAGCUUAAAUAAAAAUAGAGAGAUUAAUCAACCAAUAUUAUUCCCGUAGUCUUUAGUAUUAUUCAUUCUUAUAUUCAGGGAGAAGACAGAGGAUGAAUAAGAACUUGCUGAUCUCUUCAAAGUGCAACAAACUGAAAAGGAUAAAAAAGUUGAAAUUUAGGAGAACAAGAAAACUAAAUUGGAGGAGUUGAUGGAUGAUGACGGACUAGAUUUCUAACUUCAAGAUGUUUCAACUAAUAUCUAAUGUAAAUUCAUUAAAUUUAAGGAUUAGCAUGUUAUUUAAGGGAUGGCAAUUUGUCAAAAUAUGUGAAGUUAUAUAAAAUGAUUGAGUGGUCUUAAGGAAGAAAAUGAUCAUAAU